CACCAUCGGCCCGUGGGCGUAUUCUUUGUUAUGUGAUAAUGUUGUGCAAGGUUUCAUUAUUUUAAACGUCAACAAUGUAGAAAGUCAGAGAACCAACAAUCUCGGUGGUUUUAAUUUUAUUAAAGAUCAUUAACUUUCGGUCUUACUAUCGAAGACCGCUUGCAUCAAUGAACUUUAGUCAAGGGAGGCAACUGUGUGAACUAACGUGGAACGCAUGCGUAGCAAGGCCUUUUAAUAUUUCACCGGAACACAGGCAACACUUUCACAAUGGCAGAUGCUGAUGUAGAUGAUGAUUUCACCACAGGUGAUGCCGGGUCUUCUGAAACAUACCCACAACAGUGUUCUGCUCUAAGGAAAAAUGGACAUGUUUGUAUUAAAAACCGUCCAUGCAAAAUUGUGGAAAUGUCAACUUCCAAGACAGGAAAACACGGUCAUGCUAAGGUUCAUAUGGUUGGAAUAGAUAUUUUCACUGGUAAAAAAUAUGAAGAUAUAUGUCCAUCUACACACAACAUGAAUGUUCCUAAUGUUAUCAGAAAAGAUUUUACGCUACUUGACAUUAACGAUGGUUUUCUAUCUCUCAUGGAUGACAAUGGUGAAACCCGUGAGGAUGUAAAAGUACCAGACAAUGAUUUAGGAAAAGAAAUUAAAGAUAGAUUUGAAAAGGAUGAGCAACUUCUAAUUACAGUUAUUAAAGCUAUGGGAGAAGAACUAGCUAUUGCUAUUAAAACUCAAACAAAGUAGUGCACGGAUAACCUUAAGACAUAUAAAGGCUUGAUAUUUUGAUGUGACAACAAACAUUAUUUAAACCUUAUGACAUAUGUCCUGUUUUGUUACCCAGAUUCCUGAAAUAUCAAGCCUUUAAAACAAUUAUAGUGCUAUUAAAAAUGCAAAAAAGAA